AUGUCUGAUACGGCAUCCCCCAUAACCACCACAGACUCACGGGUCGGGACUAUGCCUCCUGAGUCAACGGUGCCCUCUUCAGCGGCGAGUGACAUUGGGCUCGACGACACCAAGUCCGACAAUGGAGGAAAGGAAGAAAAUUUACAGCAGGGGGAUAUUGAUCCGGCCUCUAAUAUCGAAGAACUCGAUCACAGUACCAAGCAGUUGAUGGCUCUGUUGCGGACCAGCUCAGUGUUUGUUGCAAUCAUGUCGGAGAAGAUGAAGAAGCAACAAGAGGAAGCCCGAAAGCAAGCUGCGAUAGAAAAGCGGGAAGCCUCCGAAGAGCAAACAUCCAAGCCCCAAACCACCACCCAACGCCGCCAGACUCGUCACAGCGCAGUGCAAGAUAGCUCACCGCAGGGUAGUACCACAGAAAGCGAGCCACCUGCUAAGAAACAACGAGGUCGUCCCAAGAAGAAUGCAGGUAAAGGGAAUGGUAUUGCCAGCUACUUCAAAAAGGCCGACGUCGAAGUUCCAAAAGAUAAUCCCACGGUACCUGAGGCAUUGCAGCAGGCGGCUGAGGAAUUCGAGGAUAAACCCACUGUUCUCGGAGAGCAAGAACUAGUGGCUACACAACAGCCCAAGCUCGUAUCCGGUGGCCAAAUGCGGACUUAUCAGCUGGAGGGUCUUGAAUGGCUGAAAACCCUGUGGAUGAAUGGACUAUGUGGAAUUCUUGCCGAUGAAAUGGGUCUCGGGAAAACUGUACAGGCAAUCUCGAUGAUUGCUUUUAUGAAAGAAAAUGGCGUUUCUGGUCCCUAUUUGGUUGUUGGACCACUCAGCACUGUCAGUAACUGGAUGGAUGAGUUCAAGAGAUGGACCCCCGAUAUUGAAACCGUCCUUUACCAUAGCAACACGGGUAAGAAAGGACGUGAGGCGAUCCGGAAGAAGUACAUGAAUCCUAAAAACCAGGCGAAUAUGGACUUCCCUGUUGUUUGCACGUCCUAUGAGAUGUGUAUCAACGACAGCAAAGCCCUUGCACAGUACCAAUGGCGAUACAUCGUUGUGGACGAAGGUCAUCGGUUGAAAAACAUGAACUGUAAGCUGAUCCAGGAAUUGUUGAGUUUCCCCUCUGCAAAUCGGCUCCUGAUCACCGGUACCCCACUUCAAAACAACAUCUCUGAGCUUUGGUCAUUGUUGCAUUUCUUAUUACCCGAUGUUUUCAACGACCUGAACAGCUUUGAAAGUUGGUUCGAUUUUUCGUCCGUUCUGGAUAAAAAUAGCCAGGCAGAUCUCAUUGAGAAGCGAAAGCGCAACUUGGUGUCAAGUAUGCAUGCCAUUCUCAAGCCGUUCCUGCUUCGCCGCAUCAAGACUGAUGUUGAGCACUCCUUGCCGAAAAAACGGGAGUACAUUUUGUACGCCCCAUUAAGUUCUGAGCAAAAGGAGCUUUAUCGAGAAAUUCUCAGUGGUACCGGCCGCCAGUACUUGGAGACAAAGGCUUUUGAGCGUCUCAAUGCCAAGAGCGCGACUCAGUCUCCGUCUCCGUCUCAAGGGAAGAAACGUCGACGUGAAAGCAGCACAGAGGGUUCACCCAACAAAAGUGCGAAGAAAAAUGGAAAUGGUCUUCGUCGCCGACGCUCUGUUCGGACAUAUAAGGACAUUAGUGAUGCGGCAUUUGAUGAAAAGCUGCGAAACAUGGAAAUGGGGGUUCAUGAGGAGGAGGUUGAAGAAGAGGAGAGUGAAACCGAAUUGGCACAGAAGCAGCUGCAGAAAAAUCUUGAACUCGCCAAGAAGGAGAUUGGCCACAAAAAGUUGCAAAACCCCGUAAUGCAAGCCCGUCUGGCCUGCAAUUCGCCCCACAAUUUCUAUUGGCCUUGGGAUGGAGAAGUCGACGAGUCCCUCGUGUCUGCGUCAGGCAAGAUGCAGCUUAUGGAUCGUCUUGUCCCUGAUCUUUUGAAAAAGGGGCAUAAAAUCUUGAUCUUCUCUCAAUUCAAGGUGCAGCUAGAUAUCAUCGAAGAGUGGGCCAUUACCCUUCGCAAAUGGAAUUGCUGCCGAAUCGACGGAGCAAUCGCUCAAGCCGACCGCCAGGCUCAGAUCAAGGCAUUCAACACUGAUAAAAAUGUCAAGAUUUUCCUCCUGAGCACACGAGCCGGCGGUCAGGGUAUCAAUCUUGUUGCCGCCGACACUGUCAUUCUAUUUGACUCGGACUGGAAUCCUCAGCAGGAUCUGCAGGCUCAGGACCGUGCCCACCGCAUUGGUCAGAAGAAGCCUGUUAUUGUGUACCGACUUGCCACCAAAGGCACUGUUGAGCAGACCCUGCUGGAAAAGGCAGAUGCCAAGCGUCGUCUUGAGAGGCUGGUUAUCCAGAAAGGCAAGUUCAAGUCUCUGCUGGAGACCAACGCCAAUUCCCAGGAUCUUGAGGAGCUUCGCAAAGUUCUUGGAGUUGACGAGUUUGAGCGGUUUGAUGCUGGAGCCGACCCUGCCUCUAUUCUCUCUGAUGAGGACCUUAAAAUCCUCACUGAUCGCAGUGAGGAGGCAUAUGUUCGUGCCGAGAAGGGUCUGGAUCAAAGUGGUCCGGCCUUUGUUGGUGUUGAGACUAAGCGAGAUGCGGGCGAGACUCUGAUGGGUUGA